AUGCGAAAAAACACCCCACAAGGAAAGAAAGGAGACUGGGCGGUUCGAAAUAGAAAGCAGCUAAGGAGCGUGUUUGUUCAGCUCAACAACUCUAUCUGCAACAUGCUCUCACUUCAAUGGCAACUGAUGGAGAUUAUCCAGUUAUGGCAUUUGUCACUACAAAGUUAUUCUUUGAUUGAUUUCCUUAUUUUUUCUGGAGUUUUCAUAUUAUUCUCCUCGUUUGUUCUCCACACGAGCGUUCAAAUUGCUAACUUCUUGCGACAUGAAAAGUUAAAAAGUACGUUAUUUCGCUGCUUUCGAACGAUGCCGUUCGUAGCUUUCUUUAUAAGUAAAGAAAAGCAAAAAAUGCUUUCACAGUUGCGGAAAGAUAUAUCUUCCAGCCGUAGUUGCAUACUAAAAAAGAAUGAAGAGCUUCCAAAGACAGGCUGGCCUGUUGCAAGAGUUUUGAAAGAAGCAACUGCACUGAAGGAGAAAGAUACUGUAAUAUCUGUAGCAACAAACAAAAUGUCUGGUACCGUUUACAUAGCUGAUAGUGAUCAUUUUGAAAUGUGCAAUAUUGUUUAUUCACAGUUUGCGCAUGCUAAUCCACUGCACAGCGAAGCUUUUCCUUCUGUGUGCAGAAUGGAAGCUGAAAUAGUUUCUAUGACGGCGAAAUUGUUAGGCGGUGGAUCUCCGGAUAAAAAAAACGUCUGCGGAGCUAUUACUUCUGGUGGCACAGAGAGUAUUUUAACGGCUAUUAGAGUAACCCGUGAUUAUAUGCAGAAACGUAAGAAAAUUUCAUUCCCAGAAAUGAUUAUUGCUAUUUCGGCACAUGCUGCUGUGUAUAAGGCUGCUGAGUACUUCAAGAUACAACUUAUUAGAGUAGGGGUUGACAAGGAAGGGAGGAUGAGAGUGGACGAAGUAAAAAAAAAGAUAAAUAAGAAUACUAUUUUGAUUUACACAUCAGCUCCAAGUUACCCACAUGGUGCGAUAGAUCCAAUAGCAGCUCUUAGCGAGAUUGCACUAGCAUACGAUUGCUGCCUUCACGUCGAUGCUUGCUUAGGUGGUUUUGUUUUACCUUUUUUGAAAGCAGAGAUUUCUACUAUUAUUUUUGAUUUUGAGUUAGCUGGGGUAACUUCCAUGAGUGUAGAUACUCACAAAUAUGGUUGUGCUCAAAAAGGUUCAUCAGUAGUUUUAUAUUCAUCGAGGGAAUUGCGUAAAUUUCAAUACACAUCAGUAAUGGAUUGGACUGGAGGGCUUUACAUAUCUCCUUCACAGCCUGGUUCACGCUCAGGAGGACUGAUAAGUCAAACAUGGGCUGCACUUGUUCACAUGGGUAUUGAUGGAUAUACGACCGUAGCUAAAGAAAUUUAUGCUGCUGCUGUGAUGCUUCGGACAGAGAUUAAUUCUAUUCCAGGUUUGCAAGUAAUUGGUGAAGAUAUAAACAUGAUAGUUGCCUGGAAGAGUAAUAUGAAUAAAAUCAAUAUUUAUAUUGUGAAUGAUAUUUUACAGUCAAAAGGCUGGCAACUAUCUGUGUUGCAAGCGCCACCAGCUCUGCAUUUGUGUAUCACUGCCGCAAACGUAUCGUGUGUUCCACGAUUGGUUGCGGAUUUGAGGCUUUCAGUUUAUGAGGUUCUUAGCUUGCCUGAAGGAAUUAAAGGAGGGAAAGCUCCUAUCUAUGGCAUGGCAGGAAGUGUCCCGGAUAGAGGAGUUGUGGGAGAUUUGUUGAAGGAUAUUCAGGAUAUAUUAUUGUCGACAUACUAA